AAUUAUUCUGCUCCGGAGAAGUACAUCAUCACCUACUGCUGACAAAAUAUAUAUAAAAUUAUGCUUUUGAAAAAGUGUUAAUGCAAACAAAUCGCUUGCAUUGUUCAGUAGUUUCCAAGUUUUUGUGACAAUGGUCGCUUUCAAACACAAUGAGAUAUCUUUGAUCCUGAUCUCCUUCGUGGUGAUGGGUAUACACUGCGAACCAACACUUAAAAAAAUGUUGGGAGGAUUGUUCGGUGGAGGCUACGGAGGUGGUUACGGAGGAGGGUACGGAGGAGGUGUGCAGCCAGUGAUAGUGCAACAACCGCAACCUGUUUACGUCCAGCAACCCCAGCCUGUGUAUGUCCAAGAACCUCCACGGACGGUGGUAGUGGAACAGCCUGUAUACGUACAGCCAAAACCUGCGCCCCAACCCCCACCCAAAACAGUCGAAGUUGUUGUUGUUGAGCAACCGGCACCGCCGCCUAGACCGGUCUAUCGCCCAGCCCCUCAACCCAGGCCUGUAUACCAUCCUGCUCCCGCGCCUAAGCCUGUGUACCGUCCCGCACCCAGUCCAGUGUAUUACCCUGCGCCCGCGCCUGCAUAUCAUCCAGCUCCUGCACCUGCGUACCAUCCAGCCCCUGCGCCUGCGUACCAUCCCUCUCCAGCGCCUAAACCAGUUUGCUGCGGAGGCCAACCAGGAAGCAGUGGUUAUGGCGGAGGCGGCGGUGGAGGUGGAGGCGGGGGAGGAGGCUCUAAUGGGGGUUAUGGAGGAGGGGGUGGUUUCGGGUUUGGAGGAGGUGCAGGGGGAGGAUAUGGAAAAUGAGACUUUAUCUGUUGUGUUGCAUUUUAUAUUAAAGUGGUGAUAUUUUGAUAUAGUAAUAAAUAAGAGGUUUG